AUCCAGACAAAACUAAAAAAUAGUAGAAGAAGAAUUCAAAAAGCUAAGGUAAGAAUUAGCUUAAGUGGAAACAAUAUUGAGGUUUUAUACUUGUUGUUUUUUCAGACAUGUUACACAAACACUUGGCAUUAAUUUGCUCUUCCGUGUGUUGCUUUCUAACUGGCUGGUCUCACGUUUCACGUCGUAAUUACGGCGUUCGUGGCUGGGCUAAUUUGGUUUUGACCACAAACACACACACAUAAUUUGCCAUCGCGAAUAUUGAGCAAGUUCAACAUUUCCCAUCGUCAUCCCUGACUAUUUUUUCCCCAAGUAGAUGCGUAAGGACAAAAAAAAAAAAAAAAAAUCCAGAUAAUCGUUGAAAUAAUCCUACAGGCGUUCAAUAAUCAUCCCUUUGACGACUUUGACUCUAAUUUAGAACGAUUAUUGGUACUGUAUUUGUGUACUAGACACUUUAGCAGUAGUACCUGUAUUUUGCAAAAAUUCUAACAGGUAUUGUUAUAGCUACAUUGCUGAUGCACAACAAUUAUAGCCUGUACUACAGUAAUGCUGGUAGUACUAUGUGCAAGCUACUUCCAUCCGGUGACUAAAACGCAUGCAAUUUGUGAAAAACAUCCCUUUUAAUAAAAAAAAAAAUAUAUAUAUUUUUUUUUACCUUUGUGAAGAUCAGCAGCUCGGAUUAUGGAUGGAUGAUUACGACAGUAUUUCCUCCACGUCCAUUCUCGCGAUUCAAAAUGAAUCAUGUCGACCAACAGAGGGCGCUGUCGCCUCACCUUUCCCCAUCUACCAAGCCCAGCCCCCCCCUCACCCCCACCCAACAGGUCAAUUAAUAUCAAUGAGCGAAUAUUCAUGAUACAUUUACAACAACGAGCCACAAUCCGACGAAUGAAUUAAGCACAUCGAUUGGAGACGAAUAAAUGACCGUUAACCUUGGAAGUGGCCCUCAUUUAUAGUUAAAACAAAAUAUAUCAAUGGAUUAGAAAUAUGAAUCUAAUCGGCCUUUGGCGCAACACUAAAGAGUGGGCGGCCACAUAAUUACACAAUUUCUAUUUUCAGUACAAUCUAAUCUACUCUAAAGAGCAUAACAAGCCCCUUUAGACUUUUUAACCUCGUUUUAUUUUUCCUUAAAUACUUAUUCGAGCUGUUUUGGACAAUAUACUUCAAAAGUUCCAACUGCAUAGUUAAUAGUAAUUUAGUCACCCUUUUGUCGUACUAAUUACUGACUUUUAAAAAAAUAUAUAUUUCAGAGGCUGGCUAGUAACUGCAAAUUAUUUUGGUGUCCACUCCCUGGUGACAAAAUCAAGAACACCUGCAACACUAUAACACGAUUCUUCCUUUAAUAAUAAUGCAUAUAUAGCUUUUUUUGGACUUUUUUUCCGACCAUUUGUACCUACAUUAGAACCCACUUUUAGUACAUUCACGCAUUGCAAAGCACCACACCAAUCAUAUCAAAAAAUUUUUUUUAAAGUAUUAUGUUUGCAAAUGUGAACGGGUCUCAUUUGACGUUGAAGGUGUUCCUAAUAUUGUGGCCGGCGCUGUUUCUAAUCUCUGAACCGUCUCGCAAGGAAUCCCCAAAUGAUCGAAACCGUUCCCAUUUAUUGCAAUCAAUCAGAAGUGAACACGACUACGUCUGCAAAGGUACAAUUUGUUGAUGUCGUAAGAUGGCGCGGGUGUACCGAAUGAAGUGUCCAACGAGUGUGCGUUAUAUAUGUUGCGUUGAGGUGCAAACGCGUCUUUUUUUUUUUUUUUUUUUUUUGGCGUGAGCAGCCUGGCGCUCAUUUGCUGCCUAACGGGACUUUAUGAGAGCAAUAACACGGGGACACACGCACCCGCACGCAAGCGUUCACACGCACGCCCUGCAGCCAUAGAGGGGAGGAUGUCCUCUCUCUCUCUCUCUCUCUCCUCUCCCUCUCUCUCUCUCUCUCUCACUCUCUUUCUCUUUCCUCCCUCCUCAGUUUGCCUUGUUCCCAUUUGCCAUUGAGCGAGCCCAAUCGCCUGUACGUUCCGCAUUUAACUUGGAUGACAUUUUGAUUUCGUCAUUAGCACAGCGGCUCGCGGUUCGGCGUUCGAGCCCCGGGAUGAUCCAUCUGGCACGCUUUGCGCACGCUCGACCGCCUUCCGCCUCUUCCCGUGCUUGCGCUUCGGUUUGAGUUGACGCACCAAAGCAGUGGAAGUCAACACUUGCGCGAAGAAAAAAAAAAAAAACCAAAAUAAUAAUAAUAAUAAUUAUUAUUAUUAUUUUUGUUGUUAUCGUUCGAUCCUCCGCCGCCAUGCCGGAGACCACCCAGGAGGCUCCGGCCAAGGACUCGCCCUUCUUCAUCAAGAACCUGCUCAACUGCGACAGCAAGCCGGCCAACAAGCCCAAGCCGCCGGCGCUGGGGGUCCACCGGGCGGCCCUGGAGGCGGCGGCCGGAGGCUUUUCCCUGGCGCAGGUGGCCGACUUGGGCUUCCCUCGCUUCGAGCUGCCUGCGCAGCGAUUCACUCUGCCCGCCCACUACCUGGAGCGCACCUCGGCCUGGUGGUACCCGUACGCCCUCAACUCCUCGGCGCACAUCCACAGAAGUGAAGCCGCAGAGAAACUGACAGCCAGAGACUCGUCCCCGACCUCCGGCACGGACCGGGACUCCCCGGAGCUGGUGCUCAAGUCCGAGCCGGAUGCCUGCAAGGACGACGACGAGGACGACGAGCGCGCGGCGAGCAAAAGCGGCGACGAGAUCAUCCUGGAGGAGAGCGACUCCGAGGAGGCCUGCAAGAAGGACGAGCUGGACGACUGGAAGAAGCGCGACGACGACGGCGGGGGAGGAGCUGACAAGAAACCUUGCCGCAAGAAGAAAACGCGCACCGUCUUCUCUCGCAGCCAAGUCUUCCAGCUGGAGUCCACGUUCGACAUGAAGCGUUACCUGAGCAGCUCGGAGCGCGCCGGCCUGGCCGCCUCGCUGCACCUGACCGAGACGCAGGUGAAGAUCUGGUUCCAGAACCGCAGGAACAAGUGGAAGAGGCAGCUGGCCGCCGAGCUGGAGGCAGCCAACCUCAGCCACGCCGCGGCGCAGAGGAUAGUCCGGGUGCCCAUCCUCUACCACGAGAACUCUGCGUCGGAGGGCGGGGGCGCCGCCCCCAGCGCGCCCGCCAGCCAGCCGCUGCUCACCUUCCCGCAUCCAGGGGUCUACUACUCGCACCCCAUCGUCACCUCUGUGCCGCUGCUCAGACCCGUCUGA